AUGGAGGCAUCGACGGCAUUAAUGUUCCUAUCCGCUAUAGCGGCCUAUUUAAUAUGGUUCACCUUCGUCACUCGCUCCCUCAAAGGUCCACGUGUCUGGCCCCUAUUAGGCAGCCUACCUGGCCUCAUCCAGCACGCCAACCGCAUGCACGACUGGAUCGCUGACAACCUACGCGCCUGCGGCGGCACGUACCAAACCUGCAUCUGCGCCCUCCCCUUCCUCGCACGCAAACAGUGCCUCGUCACUGUCACCUGCGACCCCAAAAACCUCGAGCACAUCCUCAAGCUCCGCUUCGACAACUACCCCAAAGGCCCCACGUGGCAGUCCGCCUUCCACGAUUUGCUCGGUCAGGGUAUCUUCAACUCUGACGGCGACACCUGGCUCUUCCAGCGUAAAACAGCCGCCCUCGAAUUCACCACGCGCACGUUGCGCCAAGCCAUGGCGCGUUGGGUUAACCGAGCCAUAAAGCACAGGUUCUGCCCCAUCCUAGCCGAAGCUCAGCUAGAGAACAAAUCAGUGGAUCUCCAAGACCUCUUGCUUCGUCUCACUUUCGACAACAUAUGCGGCUUGGCUUUCGGACAGGACCCCCAGACCCUAGCCGUGGGGCUCCCAGACAACGCUUUCGCUCUUUCUUUUGACCGCGCCACCGAAGCCACUUUACAACGCUUCAUUCUGCCAGAGAUUCUUUGGAAGCUCAAGCGAUGGCUCCGCCUCGGAAUGGAGGUUAGCCUUAGCCGAAGCCUCAAACACAUCGACCAAUACCUCUCCAGCAUCAUCAAGAACCGCAAACUUGAACUCCUCAACGGCACUGGCUCCCACCACGACGACCUCUUAUCCCGUUUCAUGAGAAAAAAAGAAACCUACUCCGACGAGUUCCUCCAACACGUCGCACUCAACUUCAUCCUCGCUGGACGCGACACUUCAUCUGUCGCGCUCAGCUGGUUCUUCUGGCUCUGUAUCAAGAAUCCGCGCGUGGAGGAAAACAUCCUCCACGAACUCUGCACUGUUCUCUUGUCGACUCGUGGAGAAGACAUCUCCACGUGGCUGGAGGAACCGCUCGUGUUCGAUGAGGUAGACCGUUUGGUCUACCUCAAAGCAGCCUUGUCGGAGACCCUGCGACUUUACCCUUCUGUCCCUGAGGAUUCCAAACAUGUGGUCAAUGACGAUGUUCUCCCGAACGGAACUUUCGUUCCGGCAGGGUCUGCGGUGACGUAUUCGAUUUACUCCGUUGGGAGGAUGAAGUUCAUAUGGGGAGAGGAUUGCCUCGAGUUCAAGCCAGAGCGGUGGCUCUCUGCCGAAGGGGACAGAAUUCAGCUUCAAGACUCUUACAAGUUUGUCUCCUUCAAUGCGGGACCGAGGCUUUGUUUGGGUAAGGACCUGGCUUACUUGCAGAUGAAGUCCAUCGCGGCAGCGGUGCUCCUGCGCCACCACCUCUCCGUCGCGCAGGGCCACCGCGUGGAGCAGAAGAUGUCGCUGACGCUCUUCAUGAAGUACGGUCUGAAGGUGAACGUGUACCCUAGGGAUCUGAAACCGGUGCUGGAAAAGAUUACAAGGAGCGAGGGUGUUAACGUUGGUCAAAAGUGA